AGGCCGCACGGGCUCGAGUCGGCAGCUCUAAGAUCCCCACCAACGUAGAUAUUGUCUCCGACGAACUACACUCAGCCCCUGGGUGGCCCCGGAGCGCUGCUGGACGGCGCUCCAGCGCAUGUCAUGCCACCGCGCGGGGGGCGUCCCGAGCGUGUUGUUGCUACUCCUGCUCCUCAUCGGUGGGCUGCCGCCCACCUCGGCGGGCAGGUCAGCGCGGCCGCCAGGGCGGCAGCAGCCGCCUCUGCACCAGGCGCCCCUUGGUCCCAACGGCUCCGCGGGGACCUUUGCCAUCUGGCCCCACGAGGACAGCGCCGGUCUUCCACGGGAGCGGGGCCGGCUGCACGCGGAGUUGCUCGCAGCGCACCCGGGCGGAGAUCAUGAACGCCAUUCGGUGCUGGAGACGAACCACGGCGUGGCGAAGAGCAUGCUCGCGCCGGGCUUCGGAGGGUUCCUCCUCUGCAUCCUGGUGGGCGCCGCGUUUGCUCAGUGGAGGCCCCUGGCGGCUGUCCCCAUGAGUGCGUGGACCAUUCUUGUCUCGUGCAUCGGGGGGUUCAUGCUGCGCGUCAUGAUCUCUGAAGGUGUGAUCUCUACUGCCUGGUAUAUGAGAGCCACUUCUCUGUUCCUGAAUCUAGGUUUGCUGCCUGUAAUCAUCUUCUCCAGCGGGUGGACUCUAAACCACAUGAAUUUCAUGUCCCAGAUCGAGCACAUUGCAAUCUUCGCAGUUCUGGGCACGCUGAUAGCGACAUUUUUCGUCGGGCUCUGUUUGAGUACCCUUGGAGCGUACGAAUUCCACAUGGUAGAUGAUGUUCGUUCGAAUUUUGCAUUUGCUGCCCUCAUCUCCGCUGUAGACCCAGUUGCAACACUCAGCACCCUCGCAAAGCUCGGACUCGACGUGUCGCAGCCGCUGUUGCACACGAUGAUAUUUGGGGAGUCAGUGGUGAACGAUGCGGUUGCCAUCGUCCUUUUCAAGGCCUUGAACGAAGGGGGGAAUUUGACAGCAUACCACAUUGCGCUCCAGGUGUUAAAGCUCCUGUUUGGGUCGUGGGCCCUCGGACACGUCACCUCGUGCGUCUUAAUAUUCCUCCUGCGUUGCGCAAGGCUGCCUGGCAACACUGUACCAGAGACGCUGUACAUUGCGGGGAGCGCGUGGUUCAUAUUCGCCCUCGCUGAAGGCAUGGGGCUGUCCGGCAUCAUUUCGAACUUGUGGGCGGGCAUGAUGUUCAGGAUGUAUGGGUCGCAGUUGCUUGAGGAUGCCGGGCUGGAGACGACCAGCCAUUUCUUGGAGGUCGCGGCCGAGAUGUCCGACACGAUGGUGUUCAUGGUGUGUGGUGUCUCGUCUGCAUUGGUGAGCUCCGUACGGGCUGUCUGGUUCGCUUUGUUUGCGGUAUUCAUCUGUCUAGCAGCACGAGGACUGUCAACCUCCACGUGCGCGUUCAUCUCCAACGCUGUGAAGCGAAAGGUUGGCGCCCCAGGAAGCCAGGAGCUCACGUUCGCUCAUCAGGUCAUGAUGUGGCAUGCCGGGCUCCGUGGUGGCAUCGCGCUGGUCCUUGCGCUGGAGAUCGACUCGGAGUGGUGCGACUACAAGGCGGCCAUUAUCAACACGACGUUCUUGAUAAUAUGCGUCUAUUUGGUCGUAUUCGGCAGCACGACAGAGGUCAUGCUGAAGAGGUUUGGCUUCUCGGGCUCUCGCGCAGAGCACGACGCGGAGCAGGUCCCAGCGGAAGGCGAGGAGGCCGAGGGCCAGGAGAUCACAGGCACACGGUUGAGUGGUCUGCACCCGCAUCCACACGGUGGGCAGCACCGGGAGAGGGCGUCGAUCUUGUGGCAGGAGAUGAAGGAUGCGACGCCUGGAGAUGUUGGGUGGAAGAUCAGGACCAUCGAGGCCUUGAACAGUUUCCAAGAGAGCCUGCUCGUCGGUGACCGCGGCAAGCUGGAGAACACGCGGAAGGUCGCCCAAGAACAUUGGAAGAAGUUGCAGACCUUUGGCAGACAACGUCCAGCACAGUCUCCUUGAGAGUGUGAAGCAGGAGGCGCGCCAUAGGUUGGUUGCUUGGCCAAGACCUCACAAUCACCAUCUCCAUCACAUUUCCGACUACUACUGGCCACCCUUGCCUCAGGCGUUCUUGACCUAAGAAAUUGCGCGUUCUGAUGAGCAGGAGGAGUCCAACAGGAAGUUCACUCGCAUAUUAGAUGCCUGGGUGCACCACCGAGGCCGCAACCCUGCAGAAGUUUCAUGUUUCUGUAAGGUACCUGACCCCAGACUGCCACCGAUAUGGAGAUUUCCAUACGGAAUAUGCAAUUAUGGUGGCAUGGCCUACGACAGGGUGUCGGCGAUACUUGGUCAACAACGCUUUCUUCUCAUGAAUGCGUUCCGCUGUGGGCUUCCAGGUAAUCGCAGGCAGAUCUCUGUCGCUGGAUGCCUGCUCCCCCACAUACACACAUGCACAAACGCACACAUAAUCUCACACACACAUACACACACACACACACACACACGUCGUACCAUCGAGCACUCAGCGAGGCGAUGCAGCAGGAUACGCAGAUGGAAAUUGUACGGCAUCCCGCCAGAACGGCGAUACGAAAAUACCUGCCUGCAACACCGAUCUUCGAAUCCGAACGGGAUCUUCCAUGGGUCAUUUCGUGCCUGUGCUUGUCAGUAGCCUGCGCAGCAUAUUGUGCUCCAGAGCUGCCUCAGCGCGAGACCGGGGAUACCUUUUUCUCGAGCGGAUGAUGCGGUAUCUCUCAGCCGAUCGCGACAACAUCCAUAAUCGCAGUAUGGGGCGAACAGCGUGGGCGUGACUUUCUCGCAUCCACGAGCGGCGCGAACAGUGUGACGAGUACCGCGUCAUUGCCCUGUACUGCGGCGCUGAGCAGCAUCAGGCCUUGGCCAGUGGUUUGCAACUUGCAAUUCCGCCCCCCACCGAUCGACCAAGGGUCCGGCAGCCCCAAGCGCUCCGUUGGCCACUGGCGUCGGCGCGAUUCGUGCUGCGCUGACCUCAUCGGAGCGGGCGCCAGUCCUGGCAGCGGCCAUCGUCUUGUCUAUUACAUCGCCUAGAAAGCAAGUUCGCACAGUAUGUGCAAGGGGGUUGUGAGGUUGUGCGGGGGGGUGCGGCACUCUGGGGGGUUUUGCAAGGUAGUUGUGUCCGAUGCCACUUCCAGGAAUAUUGACAGCUCUAGCGUGCUCAA